GCUUCAUACUUGGUGAUUCGAGCACCUGGACUUGCGACAUUUUAGGACUCAUGGCGGACUCCGGAUUGCCGCGGUUCACGGUAAUCAUCGUCGGCGGCAGUCUUGUCGGCCUGACGACAGCGUUGGCACUGGAAAAAGCUGGCAUCGACUAUGUCCUGUUAGAGAAGGGAGAGAUUGCGCCCCAUCUGGGUGCUUCCAUAUCCACGUACCCACAUACUCAGAGAGUGAUGGAACAACUUGGUGUAUGGCCCGAGAUCAAAGGCACUGCAGCGCCGCUCGGCAUGCGGGAGCACUAUGAUAGUAAGGGCAAGUUGUUUGAGCACUCUGCAAUCCUGCAUGAAAUUUCGAAGCUGACCUCUCAACGAUGGACUAUCUUGGUAGAACGAAGAUUUAUGCUCAACUGUAUCUACAACCAGAUUGGGGACAAAUCUCGUGUUCACACCCAAACCUGCGUGGCUACAUUCACCGAGACAGAAGACGGCGUUGAGGUAGUCACAGACAAAGGUGAAACCUUCAGAGGAGACCUUCUCCUUGGUGCCGAUGGCAUCCAUAGCACAAUACGGAAGCUUAUGGCAGAUAAGAUCGCCAUUACCAAUCCCGCCUCAUCAAAAGAAUUGCAAACUGGUUUCACAAGCACCUACAAUUGUGUUUUUGGAACGUCGAAAAAUGCUAGAGUAUCUGAUGGCACGCAAUUCAUGCCAACUGGGGGCGUGCAAAACGUAUAUUACCCUGGUUUCUCUGGAAUCGUCGCGAUAGGCACCCCUGGCCUUGCCUUUUGGUUUUUACUCGUCAAGGGCGAUAAGGAAACAAGAAUGCCCGAGAUACCCAAGUUCACGGAAGAAGAUCUUGAGGCUACCAUUGCCAAAUACGGAGACUAUACAAUGGGCCCAGGCUACACGUUCAAAGAUUUAUGGGAUAGUAGAGUCAAAGCGAAUAUGCUAGCCCUCGAAGAUGGAGUUUUGAGGUCGAAGUGGAACACAGGUGGUCGAGUGGCUCUCAUGGGCGAUUCAGUACAUAAAUCGACCAUCAACGCUGGUCUCGGCGGCAAUUUGGCUGUCGAGGGCAUUGUUCAUCUUGUAAACGAACUGGUGCCCUUGGUGCGACAAUGCGAAGCGAGCGGAAGAAAGCCAACAAAAAGCGAGAUCACAACUGCUUUGGAUACCUACGAAGAGAAGCAGCGGCCACAUGCAAAGAAGAUUGUCGUCAUGUCCAGAUAUCUUACUCGCUACGAGUCAAUGGAAACAUGGUGGCUGAGGCUCUUGCGUCGAGUCUCUCCAUGGAUCAGCGACAAGACAAAAACUAAAGUAUUUGUUGAUUAUAUGAAUGAGGCGCCAUGGAUCAGCUUUCUGCCAAGCCCAGACGAGAAGCAGGAGUUGAGUUGAAGGGUAAAGCUGCACGGCAAGCUAUGGAUAUUGAGUCUGGAGAAGCAUUGGAAAUGGAGUAUGAUCUUGAUAGUACAUGAAAACAAUAUAAAACGCAAACUUUUGGGAGAUUCG